AUGACGGCGGGAGUCGCCCAUGGCAGUGCAACAUUUGCCGAGCCCACCAUCAUCGUCUCUCCGACUGCCGACCACGAUGCCAUGCGAGGCCGCAAGAGAGACCGCAGCAUGAACCGCCGCAGCGUCCGACCCAUCCGCUGUGCGCCCUCCGACGAGUGCAGUACCCUCCGAGGCCGAUCUCGCCGCCGUGCCACCUCGCCCGCCCUAGGAUAUUCCUCCCGAGCCACCUCUCCCAGAGUCUCAUCGCCCACCCGAAAACGCCUUCUCCACGCCCGGUUGCGCCGUGAGCACUGCCCCUCGCGAGUUGCGUCUCCCGUAGAGCAGCAGCAGGUCUUUCGGCGCCGCCAACGUACUCGGAGCCGGAGCCGCGGACCUCGGGCAGACAUGGAACACGAACCCCCGCGGUUGGCCGAUGUCUUGUCCGGGCUGCGGAAUGAACUGCUCGCGAGCUCCGACGAUGACGACGGUGCGAAGCAGUGA